GGAGGGCCUUUCCGCCCUGUGAUAUAACAAAAGCAACAACUUUGUGGUAUUCCCCCCCCCCCGCCCGCCCCACCGCUGCUGCUCUGGCAUCUCUCUACCUUCUCUAAGGUCUUCCAAGCAGGAUCUUCCCCACUGCUGGGUCCAGUUUACUUGGGGACUGCUCUGGGGGUGUAGGGGGUGUGGGCGGGGGGAGGGGAAAGAAGGGUCUGCUCCUGGGCCCCUUCAUUCUGUUUCUGAAAUUAUCUCAAAAGAAAAGAGAGGGAGACAUUCAAGACAUUGGAACUCAUUGCUGUGAAGAAAAUAAUAAGAGGUUGUUAUUGAUACAUCCUACAUGCUUUUCUCCAAGAAUCAUAGGAAGCAAAUAUGGCGGUCCUGUUUUGCUCUACGACAACCCUGCGAGGUGGGCUCAUCAGCCAAUGAGCUCCAUGCCCUUCCAAGUUUAUUUUCCCUUCAGGUUCCUGACCUGCCUGGCCUCUGCUGGGGACAGGGUGCCGUUGUCUUUCGUGGGAGGCUCCCUGAGGCGGGAGAGCAGGUGAUCCUCCUCCACUCCAGGGUUGCUCUUCUGUAUCAGGCCGGCUCUUCCCAUGCUUGCAAGGAGCCGCGUCACCACGGCGACCUGCUUGGGCAGCCUGACUCCAGCAAGCUCCAAGGCGGGAGCGAGGCGCUUCCUCUCUUUCCCCCAAAGUCCCACUCCUCCGCCCAGAAUUCUCUGGAUCUGGGGCAGACUCCCCCCCCCCCGCUCAUCCUCUCCCCUUCGCUGUGUCUGCAGAACAAGCCCUGGAAGAAGCUGAAGGGGCUGGUGCAGUGGUCGCCCUGCCUGGUCUCCUUCCAGAAGCGCCACCCCUGGGUUCAGCUCGCUGGCCAUGCAGGCAACUUCAAGGCCGGGGAUCUGGGCCACGUCUUGAAGAGGCACUGCUCCAAUGAGCAGCAGUGCCUGGAGCGCCUGGGAGGCGAUGCGCUGCAGCCGUAUGUCCCGGCAUAUUAUGGGAUGGUGGAGCAUGAUGGGGAGCCCUACAUCCGGAUGGAGGACCUGCUGUGUGGCUUCGAGAACCCUUCCAUCAUGGAUUGCAAGAUGGGGGUCAGGACGUACCUGGAGGAAGAGCUGGAGAAGGCGAGGCAGCAGCCUUGCCUCCGCCAUGACAUGUAUGACAAGAUGAUGGCAGUGGACCCUUCUGCUCCCACGCCGGAGGAACACGCCCAGCAUGGCGUGCUGAAGCCCCGCUACAUGCAGUGGAGGGAGUCGCUCAGCUCCACCAGCUCACUCGGGUUCCGCAUCGAGGGCAUCAAGACAGCCAGCGGCGCCUGCAGCACCAGCUUUAAGAAGACCCGGCAACCUGAGCAGCUCGUGGAGGCCUUCUGGGACUUCCUGGACAAGGACAAACACCUUCUGAGCAGUUACCUGGAGCAGCUGCAGGAGGUGAGAGUGGCACUGGAUCAGUCCGAGUUCUUCAAGGCACAUGAGGUGGUAGGCAGCUCUCUCCUUUUUGUGCAUGACAAAACGGGGCUUGCCAGAGUCUGCAUGAUUGACUUUGGCAAGACAGUGCCGCUGCCUGACAAAUAGACCCUGACCCACCAGCUGCCUUGGGUGGAAGGCAACCGUGAAGAUGGAUACUUGUGGGGCUUGGAAAACCUCAUGGCAAUCAUGCAAAACAUGCUGGAAAAACCAGGCCGCGCCGUGGACACAAGCCCCACGUAACAAGAGGAGCAAUGUGCUGCCAGCUUAGUCAAACUGACUCUGACUCCGACUCCGUUUCAGUCAGAUAUCCUAAGAAACCCCAGGAAUGUCUAGGACUGGACUGCAGCUACCCAGAGAACUGGCGGCAUUCUGAAUGCCCAGCGGCCAAUCUUUGGGGAAGUGUGGAAGGCCAGGCGCCUCCAGGACAGCUGGGGGCCUGAGGUGUCCCUUAGAAGCUGCAAUCCCAUGUACAGAGAAUGCCGUUACUCUGAGAAGGCAGCAGAGCUGCAAUUUUUGAACGGGCGGAAGGAACAGACUGAAGAGUAGCAAUGUCAACAUUUCUUCUUAGAAGAGGGAGUGCUUCUCAAGCACCCAUCAAUCAAAUCAGCUAGAUGCAAGGACCCCAGAAGGAGCCACUCUUCUCCACGUGAGCUGCGUAUAGAAACAUUGAGUUUUAUGGUGCAAAGCCCUCCUGGGCACCCUCCCAUGCUUGAAAAAGCAACUUGGCUGGAGAACCUCCAUGCCACGCACUGCAUGUGAACAUAGAAACAUCAUACUGGAAAUGGUUCCUUUUCCCUUUCCUGAUCGGGGGUGGGGUGGGGCCUAAGUUUGAUUAAAUACAUAAAAUACG